AUGCAAAAACCUGAGGAAGCUGAAGGCGCUCAACAGUCGCUGGUUUUCUUUGACCUGGAGACGACUGGACUGGAUCCAAAUUGUGAGAUUGUCCAGCUGGCUGCGGUGAGUGGAGGCCACUCGCUGAACCUCUACGUCGUCCCUCGCUGUCGAAUGCAGCGAGGAGCAUCCAAGGUGACUGGCUUCAAGGUACACAGGCAGAGGCUGUACCUGCACCGGCAGCCUGUUCUCACCAACUCCCUCAGAGAGGUGCUCGUCUCCUUUAUAGCUUUCCUUCAGAUGCUCGGCCGCCCUCUCGUCAUCGGCCACAACAUUCGCCGCUUUGAUUGUCUGCUUCUGGCUCGCGCGCUAGAUGAAUUUGGCCUCAGAGCAGAGUUUGAGUCUUCGGUCUCAGGUUACGUUGACACUCUGCCGCUGUCACGUGAGGUGCUGAAGGACUACGGCCUGGAGAGUUUUCGACAGGAGAACUUGGUCAGGGAGCUGCUGGGCGUGAGCUACAAGGCCCAUGAUGCUCUGGAGGACGUGCGGGCUUUACGGGCACUGUAUGAUGUUCUUCGGCCCAAGCCGGAAGUGAUCUGCAGGCACAGAUUUACUCUGGACACCAUGGAUGACAAAACACCUGUUACAGCUGCCAAAGUGCCCUGCAGACUACCAGGACAGCGCCCCCUGUGGGAGCACUUCAAACGGACCGUGACGGUUACAGAGGAUCAUAACAGAACCUGA